AUGAACAACUUCCUCCCCUUCAACACCGACAACCUGCCCAACCGCUACAUCGGCAUCCAAAUCCACCGCUACAACAACAUCCUUGUGGACCGCAUCACCGCCCUAGAGGCCGAGUGCGCGAUGUUAAGGCAGCGGCUAAGAGACUCCCAGGACCAAGGGGCUGAGUUGCGCGUGUGGAUUGCGCAGCUGCUUGAGCUGCCGGUCAUAGAGGUCAUAGAACAGUCGGAGGAGAGCGGGACGGAGAGCGAUGUGGAGGUUGAUGAGGGGUCUAAUGAUAGCUUUACUACGGCUGAAUCGGAGGGCUGA